GCCAUAGUGUACUUGUGUUCUCCAACUUGCUGACACCCCGAAAGCCGACCUUUGCAACCCGAAUCCGGAAUACCGUUCUUGACCGCCAAAAUAUCUCCCCCUCUCCCCCAACCCCGACUGAUGGCUGGGGAUGCGGGCGAGAGAAAAGCGCUCAGCAUUGCGCUUGCAUUUUAUGUUGCUGCGCUUUGCUGGUCACGUCUGAAACACCUAAAACGUGUAUGGGGAUUAUCGGUUGGGCCUAAAUUACCGUGUUCGGCUUCAGUCAAGACAACUGUCUCGAUCUUCCCCCACAAGGUGAACUUGACGAGGCCAACAGUUUUCAACCAUGGCCCCCCAGCCAAACCCUUCGCGUCCGACUCCGAAGCAUGCACCGGCCCAUCCUAGCGGCCUCCGGCAAGCCUACACUGCGUCUACAUCCGAUGCCGUUGACGACGAUUCAGACUCUGCCCCGGCCGAUAGACACCAUGCGACCUCCUCGCACCACCAUGCUGCCGGGCCCAGCAGACAACGCGCGACAGACACCACCCCGUUGCUAGGCACGAGUCUGGAUCUUCGAGAGCCAGUUCACGAGGGACCAUGCAAUCAUGGCACAUUCUCACCGCGACCCACCAGCCCCACGAGUAGCAUCCCAGCCAUCUACUUCAGCCCUUCUGAAUCUGAGACGGAGAGCUCGGGCCAAGGCAUCGAUGGAGUGCUGUCUGCAAGUUCGAAAAAGAAGAAUUGGAGGAGGCGAUGGGCGGCCAAGAUCAGGAGCCAGAAAAUGAGCACGUCCAGUGCGCUGGCCGAGCGGCAUGGAGUUGAGGACUCCGCUCUCAUGUACCUCUCGUACUAUCUCCCCGUCAUGGUUUGGGCGAAAAAGUACAGCUGGUCUUACUUCAAAGGCGACUUUGUCGGCGCCCUCACCGUGGCUGGCAUGUACGUGCCGAUGGCCCUCUCCUUGGCCGAUAACCUCGCCCAUGUCCCGCCAAUCAACGGCCUGUAUGCGUUUGUCUUCAACCCGUUGGUAUACGCCCUGCUCGGCAGCUGCCCCGCCAUGGUCGUGGGCCCCGAAGCGGCUGGGUCAUUGCUUGUGGGCACUGUUGUCAAGUCCGUCGUCGAUCGGUCCGGCGGCGAUGAAGACGCUGCGUUGCUGGCGAAAAUCUGUGGUAUAGUCGCUGGUAUGGCAGGGGCCAUGGUCCUCAUUGCCGGGAUCGGCCGCCUGGGUUUCCUGGAUAGCGUGCUUUCUCGCCCGUUCCUGCGUGGCUUCAUCAGCGCCAUCGGCGUCGUCGUCGCUGUCGACCAGCUCCUUCCGGAGCUCGGGCUCAGUCGCCUGGCCGAUCAGGCCCGCGUAGGCCAUGCUAGCAGCGUCGACAAGCUCGUCUUUAUCUUCCGCAAUCUGGAUCAGGUUCACAGGUUGACCUUCGUCGUGGCCGCCACGAGCUUCGUGAUCAUCAUGGUUUGCCGCGAGAUCAAACGCCGUCUGCAACCUCGGUACCCGGGCGUCGCCUACAUCCCGGAUCGCUUCCUCGUGGUCGUCUCGUCCGCCUUCCUUGCCUACUGGUACGAGUGGGACAAGGCCGGGGUUGCCGUCCUAGGCAAAGUCGAGGCCGCGAGCGGCGGGCUGUUUGCAUUCCACUGGCCGCUGCGACUGGCCAAUAUGAAGUACAUGCGGGAGGCCAUGAGCACCUCGUUCUUGAUAGCCCUUCUUGGCUUCUUCGAGUCAUCGGUUGCAGCCAAAAGUCUCGGCGGGGAGGGCUUUGCCGGGAUUCAGCUGAGCCCUAAUCGCGAACUGGUCGCCUUGGGAACAGCUAACUUGGUGGGCGCCUGCUUCUCGAGUCUUCCGGCUUUUGGGGGGUAUGGCAGGAGCAAGGUCAACAAGUCCACGGGCGGCCGCACGCCUGUUAGCUCCUUAAUUCUCAGCGGACUGACGCUGCUCUGCAUAACUUUCCUGAUGCCCUACCUUUACUAUCUACCGAAACCGGUGCUUUCAUCACUCAUCAGCGUCGUAGGCUGGUCGCUGAUUGAAGAGUGUCCCCAUGACAUCUCCUUCUUCCUCCGGAUUCGUGCUUGGCAGGAACUCGGGCUGAUGGCCAUUAUUGUGGUCGCCACCAUCUUUUACUCUCUCUCUUUUGGCAUGGCGAUCGGCGUUGGCCUCUCGCUCUUGCAAGUCAUCCGGCACGCUACGCGCCCACGUAUCCAGAUCUUGGGUCGCAUUCCGGGCACCAACCGAUUCGAGAACGCCGAGGCGAAUUUGGACCACCUCGAAUUCAUCGAAGGUUGCUUGAUCGUGAAGAUUCCUGAGCCCUUGACCUUCGCAAACACGGGGGAGCUGAAGACCCGGUUACGGAGGUUGGAGCUGUAUGGCUCAAACAUGGCUCACCCGGCGCUGCCACGGCUGAGAAAGGAAGAUUCGAACCGCAACAUCAUCUUUGACAUUCACGGAGUUACGUCGCUCGACGGCAGCGGGACACAGGUGCUCGAGGAGAUUGUGCGGGGCUACCGAGACCGUGGCGUCCGCAUCUUCUUCAGCAGAGGUCCCGGACAUGACUCUCCGGUUGGGCAGCUGCUGCGCCGGAGCGGAAUCGUCGAGCUUGUAGGCGGGGAGCACCACUUUGUGGAUGACGUACACGAGGCCUUGAAGCUUACCGAAGCCGAGGAACGAGUUGAGCUCGAGGCUUCGGACAGGCCGGCUACGAGAUCGUAGCAUCGUGUUUUCUCCAGUAUCACACCUGUGAGACGAGUUUUUGUAAAUCGAUUCCCAUUGUUUGGGCCAAGCAACCCUCCCAAGCUCGUGGCUAUGCUCGGGCCUGUGCUGCAACUGAAUCAUACGCCAGAAGCAUUGUAGCCCCACGCCUAAGCU